AUGCUCUGUCUUUCAGAUAAUACGAUCCAGUCAAUUUUCUGUUGCUGUUGCAGCGUUCAGAAGAGACAAGUGAGAACACAAUUGAGCCUGAACAAUGGUGGAGAAUCGGAAGGCUACAGUUGGUGUCCAAAGCAGCUGUCCCAUGCUUCUACUCAAAAGCACCGAUCCAAAAGGGGGCAAGUUCAGCAGUCAAGAAGAAAACCACUGCCACCCCUCCCACCAGAGGAAGAAAAUGGGGAGAAGAUCCGAGUUAUGGCCCUUUAUGACUUCCUUCCUAGGGAACCCUGUAAUUUAGCAUUGAAGAAAGGAGAAGAGUACUUGAUACUAGAGAAGUACAAUCUUCACUGGUGGAAGGCAAGAGACCAAAGAGGGAAUGAAGGAUUAAUCCCUAGCAAUUAUGUGACAGAAUGCAAGGUAACCAACUUGGAAAUAUAUGAGUGGUAUCAUAAAAACGUCACUAGAAAUCAGGCUGAAGAUCUAUUGAGACAACAGUCCAAAGAAGGCGCAUUUAUUGUCAGAGAUUCCAGACAUUUUGGAGCUUACACCAUCUCUGUAUACACAAGAGUUAGAAGGAGUGAUGAAAUCCCCAUCAAACAUUAUAAGAUUAAAAACCAUGAUUCAGGCCAAUGCUAUGUGACUGAAAGACAUCUUUUCCAUUCAAUACCAGAACUGAUUCAGUAUCACCAGCACAAUGCAGCAGGUCUCAUGACCCGUCUCCGGUAUCCUAUUAGUUCCAUGGGAAACUGUGUGCCAGCGACAGCUGGUUUUAGCUAUGAGAAAUGGGAGAUUGAUCCAUCUGAGCUGACUUUUAUAAAGGAGGUGGGAAAAGGCCAGUUUGGUGUAGUCCAUUUAGGGAAAUGGAGAUCACAUAUCUCAGUUGCUAUUAAGGCUGUCAACCAAGGAGCCAUGUCAGAAGAUGACUUCUUUGAGGAAGCUAAAGUGAUGACGAAACUAUCACACCCAAGAUUGGUACAACUUUAUGGAGUGUGCAUCCAGCAGAAGCCGCUCUACAUAGUAACAGAGUUCAUGGAAAAUGGCUCUCUGCUUCAUUUUCUUAGACAGAAGCAAGGAAGACUUAGGCAAGAAAUGCUACUGAGCAUUUGCCAAGAUGUAUGUGAAGGGAUGGAGUACCUGGAGAGGAGUAGCUUCAUUCACAGGGAUUUAGCUGCCAGAAAUUGUUUGGUCAGCUCUACAGGCAUAGUAAAAAUUUCAGACUUUGGAAUGACAAGGUAUGUUUUGGAUGAUGAAUAUAUCAGCUCUUCAGGUGCCAAGUUCCCAGUUAAGUGGUCAGCCCCUGAAGUCUUUCAUUUCAACAAAUAUAGUAGCAAAUCUGAUGUCUGGUCAUUUGGAAUUUUGAUGUGGGAAGUUUUUACUGAGGGCAAGAUGCCUUUUGCAAAGGAGUCCAAUUUACAAGUUGUGGAGGCUAUUUCCAAAGGCUUCAGGCUUUAUCGUCCGCAACUGGCUUCGAUGACUGUUUAUGAAGUCAUGUAUAGCUGUUGGCAUGAGAAACCCAAAGGCCGCCCUACUUUUGCUGAAUUGACUCAGGCACUCUCAGACAUAGCAGAGACUGGGUGA